UACAAUUUAAGUAUGAACAGUUUAUAAGUAGCAGAAUUCUCAAAUCGUGUUUUCGAUCGGUAUGAUAAAAAUCACUCAGGAUUUAUUGAAAAAGAAGAAUUAAAUGCCUUGUUGAUUAAUCUUGCUAAUGAAAUGAAUUCUUAGGUUUUUCUUCUAAAAUAAGAUAGCAACCUAGUAAAAAGGAAAUUGAUUAUAUGUUAUCCUAUUUAGAUACAAAUAAUGAUAAAAAGAUAAGCAGAACAGAAUUUUAAAGAUUAGGAGAAUUAAUGGUUAAAGUUUUGGGAAACAAAUGAUUUUUAUAUAAAAUAAAAU